AUAUUUUGGAACGCAACUAAGCUGUCAAAUAAAAAUCAAAACACAGCUGAUUGUUUUUUAAGGUUAUAAUUUUAACAAAUUUAUGAACCAAAGUUACUAAACUGAGCUGAGCUGAUUACUACUGGCUACCUGUUCUGCAUUCCAAACUUGUGCUCAUGAUGAAACGUGUUUUACAACAAGUGAGGAGCCACACACAAUUCCCACCCAGAAGAAGAGUGGUGGUCACCGGGCUCGGGGUUGUCUGUCCUCUCGGCAGCGGCACUCAGCUUGUGUGGAACAACCUUAUAAAGGGCUGUUCUGGUAUAGUCUCACUCUCCGGAGAAGAAUAUGCUAAUUUACCCUGCAAAGUGGCUGGUUUGGUACCUAUAAAUGAAUUUGAUAAGACUGACCCAGUUGUGCAAGCUUUGACUCCCUCAAAUCUAAGAGCCAUGGCUCCUGCCACAGGAUUAGCAUUAGUAGCAGCGUCUGAAGCUUUGAAGGAUGCCGCAUGGCUGCCCUCUUCUGAUGAAGACAGAGAAGCCACAGGGGUAGCUCUCGGCAUGGGGAUGAUUGACCUAAAAGAUGUUUGUGACACAAAUGAUGCAUUGAAAAAGGGAUACAACAAAGUUAGCCCAUUCUUUGUUCCAAGGAUAUUACCUAACAUGGCUGCUGGACACAUUAGUAUCAAAUAUGGUUUCCGAGGUCCCAAUCAUGCUGUUUCCACUGCAUGCGCCACAGGUGCACAUUCUAUUGGAGAUGCGUUUAGAUUUAUAAGGAAUGGGGAUGCCGACGUGAUGGUGGCCGGAGGCGCAGAGUACUGCAUCAGUCCUCUGGCCAUAGCUGGGUUCUGUAGGCUCAGGGCACUAAGCACAUCCUUCAAUGAUGAUCCAGGGAAAGCUUCAAGGCCAUUUGAUAAGAAAAGAGAUGGUUUUGUCAUGGGUGAGGGGGCAGCUGUACUAGUUAUUGAAGAAUAUGAACAUGCCAAAGAGAGAGGAGCUAGGAUGUAUGCAGAAAUAUUAGGCUAUGGACUCUCAGGUGAUGCAUCCCACAUUACAACUCCUCGAGAAGAUGGCAGUGGGGCAAUAUUGUCUAUGAACAGAGCAUUAGAAGAUGGUAACAUUGAAAAGGAACAAAUAACUUAUAUCAAUGCCCAUGCCACUUCCACUCCUGUUGGAGAUGGGAUAGAGUCGACAGCCAUCAAGAACCUGUUUGGAUCUCACAGUAGCAAGAUCCAGGUGUCAUCCACAAAGGGUGCUCACGGGCAUCUGCUUGGAGCCGCUGGGAACCUCGAGACCCUGUUCACAAUACUGUCCUGCCAUCAUGGGGUAAUCCCCCCUACAUUAAAUCUAGAUGAACCAGUUGAUGAUCUGAAUUAUGUAGCAAAUAAGUCAGUUGAAUGGAAUUCUGAUAGAAGGAUAGCUCUGAAAAACUCAUUUGGGUUUGGAGGCACUAAUGCUACACUUUGUAUUGGACAAUUAUAAAGUAGGUAUAAUUAGGUGUUAGAUGUACAAAUUCGUAGAUGUAAGUAGGUAUUUA